CGUCAAACUUAAACCACAAGCGCCAAAUUCAAAUUUGUUCUAGAAAUUUCUCGUCUGUUAAAAAACCCCCAAUUUGAGUCCUCUCAGCCCCAAACUAUUUCAAUUUCGCCACAAAAUGACCUUAGAUGUCUCGAACGACAGUCCGAAGGGCGAGAAACGUUAAAAAUUCGGAACCCGAACACCCCUUGAGACAACCCCCUGGACGCAAUGCCUGAAUCGGAUCUUGAUAUUGAAGAAAGCCCUAAGAAGGAAGUGAAGGAAGUGAGCCAGGACGACAAUGAGUUAAAAUACACGAUUUACGACGUAAUUCGGACGAUAAAGGACCCGGAGAAGCCUAAUACUUUGGAGGAGCUUAACGUGGUGUAUGAGGAGGGUGUCGAGGUUAAGGAACGGACUUCGGGUGAUGUUAAUGUUGUCAGGGUUGAAUUUAACCCAACGGUGCCCCAUUGCUCCUUGGCGACAUUGAUAGGGCUCUGCAUUAGAAUAAAAUUGGAGAGAAGUAUUCCAUAUCGAAUCAAACUGGAUAUUUAUAUUAAAGCUGGUGCCCAUACUACUGAACAUGAAAUUAACAAACAAAUUAAUGACAAGGAGAGGAUAGCAGCCGCAAUGGAGAACCCAAAUUUAAAGGAAAUGGUUGAAAAUUGUAUUACUGAAGAAGACUGAGUGGUGGAUAAUUAUGGGUCUUAUUAUUCAAAACUUGUAGUUAGUGGAACCAGUGUGGUAAUUUUAAGGUUCAUUGUCGUGCCAUUUUGUGGACGCGGUCAGACGUUUGUAGUACAAAAAGUGAUGCUAGUGUAGUAAAAAAGGUAAUUGGUUAAAAGAUAAAUUUUAUAUUUACUUGUAAA